UGAUUGACAAAAUAGCCAUAUUUAAGAGCCAAUUUCCGCGGCUCGUUAAAAGAUAAUAAUCAUGACAGUAGGUUAUAAGUAAUACUGUCAUUUAAAUUUAACCCCAGGCGCACCUAUUUUUUGCCAGGUGGGAGAAAAAAAAUUAGAAAAAAAAUUCAGUCGAGCCAUCCGCGCAGCCAGCUCGACGCGGCCAUGUGCUGCGUCUGUGUUAUUGUUUUGGUUUCGUAGUUCCUCGCAUUUUACGUCACGUCUGCGCAUGUGUUGGUGAGCCAACUUCACAACAAAGAAGUGGUAGACAACGGAGUUUGCAUAGCUGGUGUUGUGGCCCUAGAAUUGGUGUUUUUUUACUUAAAAUAGUGUUACAUGUUAAGUUUUUUAAGCCAUAUGUCCUAGGAAGAAGUGUCAUCGUCGAUUCCACAAUGCCUUGGUUUUUGCCUUGGUCAGAUAGCAUUAAAAAGCGAGCAUGUCGUUACUUACUCCAAAGGUACCUGGGUCAAUUUUUGGAAGAAAAGUUGACCCUGGAUCAGUUAACAGUCGAUUUAUACAAUGGAACUGGCUCCGUAUCUGACGUUUCUCUUGAUGUCCAGACGAUGAAUGAUUGGGGAGAGAAACGGAACCUCCCUGUGGAAUUCGUCGAUGGACAUAUAUCUGCAAUGUCAGUUUCUGUUCCAUGGUCCACUCUCUUGAAAGACUCAAGCUAUGUAGAGGUCACUGGCUUAGUCAUAACGAUACAACCAAAACAAAGACCAGAAAAUGGUGUAUCCAUGUUUGAGUCUAUGUGGUCGUCUAUGACAAGUAGCAUUCAAAUGGCUGAGGAAUGUUUGCGGGAAGGCGGUCCAGAAAUUGACGCAUCCCAGCCUGUGGAAGGUGUAGAAAUCAUUGCUCAGGCCAUCGAAUCAAUUCUGAAUCGAGUCAAGGUUAAAUUCAUCGAUACUGUGAUACGAUUAGAACAUCUUCCCAAAGAAAGUCCCACUGGAAUUGCCGUUGAGCUGAGAAUCAAACACCUCGGCUACAUGGACCAAGCAGGGAGCGAACCAGAAAUGCCUCCUUCAAGUGAAAGUCUUCAUCAGUCGGCCCCUGCUUUCUCUGUGAAAAAGUUUUGCCUGGAAGGAGUCUCUCUCUACACAGACGAAUUUCCUGCGUCUGCCCGCACUGUAUCUAGAAGUUUGAUCUCUGAAUCUCCUUUCUCGAAUAAAAUGGCAGCAUCAUUUAUGGAAAGUGAAACGAGUACGUAUGAAUCUGCUCAUUCUGAAGAUGUCAGCUCAAAAGAAUCAGCAUAUGUCCCAAAUCCAAUUCUUGUCGGAAAACUGACCGGCAGGCAAGAAGUCAGAUUAAAGCUGAAACAGGGUGAAAUGGUGUUGGAACCAAAGGUUGAUCUUGAAAUCGACAUAGGCUCUGCAACGAUGUUCCUGUCGCCGCGGCAGUUUCAUUUACUCUUGGAAUUGAUGCAAGGACUAGCAUCACCAGACAAUCAAGAUUGCUCAAAUGUCGCACAGAGACCGCGUUGUGUUCAAAAAAUGAUGCAGGCGUCCGACUUCGACCGGGUCGAACAGGAACUCCUGCGCCAACUGCACCCCAUCAAUAUCUCGAAAGAGAAAACUCUGCAAGCUGUUCACGGAUGGUCCUCGGCUGGUCUCGAAGAUAGUGAGGACGAGUUCGAGCCGAUGAACAAUCGCUGGACUGCUACCUCCAGUCUUCCCUCGAGUUUCAAUAAUUCUAUGUCGAAUGCUUACAUUAAUUCUAGCAAAUCCUGUGGCUCAACUUCUAGUUGCUCUUCUUCUAUGAGUGGGCCUUCAACUAAAUGGAAAGGAAGAUCUGGUAGCGGUGAUCCCGAUUCAAAUUCCAGUGUUAAUCACUUUUAUAUCCGUCUGAGCUCUCUGGCUGUGAUCAUCCUCCACGAAGAUAUCCUAACACAGUGUGUCGAAUCAAAUGCCCUCUCCCAAUCUAGUUUAAAACAAAUGACUGCUUUAUCAGAGUCAUUCUUCAGCAAACUAGGCCUUUUCGCUGUGUGCGGUUAUGGAACAAAAGAUUUUACUAACGCCAAGCAAACAUUUUCAGAUGCUUGUCAACUGAACCAUAUAAGAUUAUUAGCUACUACUGUGAUAUUAGAAGGUGAUGAAGUUACAAGUGUGAGUAAAUUAGAUAAUUUCACACUGACAGCAGCAAAUUUAGAAGUUUUAGAAUGCCUGUAUGAUGGUGUAGUCCCCAAUCAAAAAGUUGAAUAUGUUGAGUUAUUGCGAUUUAUGAAAAAUUCUUCGGAAAACUCUCUCAUAGCCCCUCUCUACUCUGUUGACUCUAGUCCUGAUGUGAAAGUGCAAAUUAAAUUUAGCGACCAUGUGAAACACAAUUCUGUUUCCUGCAUGGAUAUCAAAGUAUCCUUGCAGCAAUGUUGGUCAGAAGUUGAUAUCUCCAUUGUUGAUAGGAUAUCUGUACUCUUGAAUCCGCACCCUUUAUGCAGCAAAGUAUCAUCUGUGCAUGAAAAUACAACUCUUUUUAAAAAUUCUUCAAACAAUUUCCUGGAAACAUCAUCAUACUCCAAUGAAAGCGAGCUGGAAUGGAAUGUAUCAAUACCCUACUUUGUAGUCCUAUUAAGGUUUCCAAUUCCUGAUUUAAGAAGUGCAAAUGACAUGGACAAACCGCCUUGGUGGCAGAGACGGAUACGGCCUGAUUCCAUGCACCUCCAGUUAAUCGAUGUCAAUGUCCGUAGUCAUGCUUCCACUCGGCAGCCAGCCAGCAGUUAUGAAUUGCAGUGUCGUCACAUAAAUGUCCUAUUUCAGGAAGAUACAAACCCUCUAGUGCCAAUCGCUAAAUUCUACAUGGAUGAUAAAAGUAAUGACUUCACAAGUUCGAAUAUUGCAAAAGAUUUAGAAUUAUUGAGAAUCGUAGCAAGAAUUUACCCUGCGGUUCCGGUCAGCGAAUUAGAAGAUGAUCUCUCUUACAUGAACGAACCUGCUUCAAUGGCUCAAUCUUUCUAUAUCAAAUCAGAUAGUAGUGAACCCUCUCUCUUCAGCUCUCAAAAAGUCGUUCGAGGCAAUGAAGGGAUAAGUAACUAUUCUCAGGAAAGCGAUGAACUAGUCAUACCCGCAAGUAAAGAAGAAAUGAUGGAAUUUAUUGAAGAUGCUAGUCACAAUGCUCACAUACAAAUCGAUGCAACUUUUCCAUGUGCCAACGUCUGUUUUCCCUCUAAACAUCUGUAUGAAGUCGUUUACAAUAGGUUGAACACUGAUCUUUGUCUGUGGACUCCAUCAGCUCCAAAACAAAAAAAGUGGAAUACUCUUGAUAGUCUGAACUCGAUAAAUUUCUCAUUUUGCAAAUCUGGAUUACAUUAUGCUUCAAAUUCUGAAUCAGAGUCGGAAUCAGAAGAUGGCGUGUCUUAUUGGGUCCAAAAAGCUGAGCCUGUGAAAAAAGCCAAAGGACAGAGCGAGUUUACUUUCACUCUGAACGUCGGGGAAGGUGUUUUUACUGUUCUCCCUCACAACAAAGAUAAAAAUGGAGCUGUGAUUCCGGGACAAAAUGGAAAACUGGAAUUCUUAUUCAAGCAAGGCCUUGUAUUUUUUGUCUCCAGCUAUAAAGGCAAUGUUCGUGAUAAUUAUGCAUGCGUUCAAGCUGGGACAAUCUCUCUCCAUCAUUCUAGUGCUGUAGUUCCUUGCUCACCGGCAUCAUCUAGUGCCAGCUCAAAUUCAUCAACGAGUUUACACCUCGAUCCUACCAUCUACCAGUCUUGUGAAGAACUUCUCAAAGAUUCUUGUUCGGACAUGCUGGCUGUGGCUGUCAGCAUUAAAGUCAACGACUCGCGGGUGAAAACUAUCCGAGUAGCCUGCGCCAUCAGUGAUGCAACGCUGCGGUAUCGAAUGUGUCCGACGGACAAUAAUUGGUUCAAUCAACUGCUGGAUUUCUUUGAUGUUCUCUCGUACCCGAUUAUGGGUUACACACCAUCCCAAAUCGUCACUGAGCUUCACAUCCAAUUUUUCAACUGCGCUGUGGACUAUAGGCCUCUCUACUUACCUUAUGCUGCUUUGCUAUCAUUCGGUAGUUUCAAUCUCUCUAGCAAUAUUGUCGCUCGGACAAGUUCAUCAACUUUAAGGUUCAUGGCAGAAGAAGUCGCUCUUGCCCUCACAGACAAAGUUUCCGUGACGUCCGGACGAACUCUUAACGUGAAAAAAGAUUAUAUUUGUGUGGUGAAACUUGGACUAUUUGAACUGUCAUUGCGUAAAACAGAAAACGCCAACAGUCCAAAGAUUGAUCUCCGUGCCUCGAAUAAUAUUGUUCAUGUACGAACUUGCUCAGACUCUGCUUGUAUCCUCCUCCAACUCCUAUCAUACAUCGCCUCGGAUGGUGAUAUCGCUACGGAAACUCCAAAUUUUGACUCUAGUUCAAUAACGGAGAAAACCAAUGAGUCAAUGGUAGAAGAGGAGCAGAUUGUGACAGAGAGCGAAAGUUUGACAAGUCCUGCUGGCAAUGUUCAUUUGAUGAUGGAAGAUGCCAUGAUGGAGUCCAAUGCUGUUCCUGAAACAAAAUCAGAAGAAGAAGCUGUGAUAACAAAUGGUGCUGGGGACAUAUUUCUGUUCCCCGAUGAAAAUCGUAGCGACAAUGUAAGCAGGUCACCUUCUAAUUGGAAUGAUGAUGAUGUAGAGUACGGCUUUUGCUUGCUGGAGCAGAAAGCUUGCAUGGAUAACUUGUCUAGAAGCAGUCUUCCAGAGGUACGAACUCUGAACUCAGCGGCAAUAAAAAUCGUAGACAAUCAUUUCAAUAUCCCAGUAGGCAAAACAGAUGUUUUGAAGGCGCCAGACCAUUUCCCGGUUCCAGCUCGACGGUAUACGUUGAAAGAAAUGACUGUUGUAUGGCACAUGUACGGAGGAUCUGAUUUUGGGGACGCCAAACCCAGUGAAAAGUAUGUGCCCAUCAAUGAAAGUGUCAGCUGCCCAACCUCUCCAGCUAACAGAAGUGGUCAGAUAAAUAUGGAUAUGGAUGAUGUCAGAUUUUACAAAUACAAUGUAAAAGGAACGCAUCAUAGCUCCCUGGAAGAUGUGAAGCCAGCAGAAUCUCUACCGUGGGAGGAACAAGGUGGUCCACAGCGGCAGCAUCAUGUACUUAUGGAAUUGCAACUAAAUAAGAUUCGAUUCCAGCAUGAAGUAUACCCAGAUGACACGGUUGAAGCAAAGCGACAAAUUUUAUUGGUGAAAGAAGUAGAAAUUCGAGACCGUUUAGCCUCAUCUAGGAUCAACAAAUUUUUAUAUCAAUACUCAAGUCAAGCAAGGCCCAGACAAUCACAUGCAGACAUGGUUGUGAUCAAAGCACACUAUUUGCGACCAGACCCACAGCAGCCUGCCGAGGAGUGUUGCUUGAAAGUAUCUUUAUUGCCUCUACGACUGAACAUCGAUCAGGAUUCAAUGCUAUUUCUUUGCUCUUAUAUCAAUCAGCUAUGUGGAAACAUCAAUCAAGACCUAGACAUGAGCAAUGCAUCAAGCGAACUGACACCAAGCAGUAGUAUAUCGCCUCCUGAAGAUGACGAUGGCUCAGUAUCAACCUCUGAAGAAUCCAGAAAGAGCGAGAAGUUUGAGCGAAAUUGGUCGCCUCAGAUCUCAUCGUCUCCACCUGUCUUCUUCAAAAAAUUCAUUUUCUCCCCAGAAGUGCCUAUCAGAGUAGAUUACGAAGGAAAGCAUGUGGACAUGACCCACGGCCCGCUUGCCGGCCUUCUUUUAGGUCUCGGAAACUUGAACUGCUCGGAGCUUGCUCUGAAGCGAUUGAUACACAGGCAUGGGCUCCUAGGUUUUGAUAAAUUAAUUCAGUAUGCUAUAACAGAGUGGUUGCAGGACAUCAAAAAGAAUCAGUUACCCUCAAUCAUCGGAGGCGUCGGGCCAAUCCACUCGGUCGUCCAGCUAUUCCAUGGAAUUCGAGACUUAUUCUGGUUACCAAUAGAGCAAUAUCAAAAGGACGGCCGCAUCGUCCGAGGUUUGCAACGGGGAGCAAAUUCAUUCACCACAUCUACGGCAAUCGCUGCUUUGGAGUUGACAGCUCGAGUUGUACAAGCGAUUCAGAGUGUCGCAGAAACAGCUUUCGAUAUGCUGUCACCGGGUCCGAACCUUCAUAAAAUGUACCCUCGAAACGAUAGACGGAAGAAGAAACGGAGACAUCCCUACAACAAUCCAGCGGACAUCAGAGAAGGUGUUGCAAACGCUUUAAUGCUAGUCCGUGAGGGCAUGGGAGAGAAAGCGGAGACUUUAGCUCGAGCAGCCAGCGAAGGAAGAGUUCUGAGGCAAAUCCCUGCAAUGGCGCUAACGCCUAUCAUAUUAGCAAGUCAAGCUACUACCAAUGUCUUGGGAGGAGUGAGAAGCCAAUUAGUUCCUGACGCAAGGAAAGAUGCAGCUAGCAAAUGGAGAGUCCAGUCCCCAUCCAUGUAGUCUUCGGAACUGAUUCAGAUUCUUGCAGUAAAUGGCAUUUUUCAAUUUUUUUGUUAGGCCAGUCGGCAAGAUAUGAAUUUGUCGCACGUACAUAAUCAAAUCAGGCAUUUUAUUAACUGUCUGAGCAGAUAGUCAAAUUUUGAUGGUUCAAGAAAUCUUAAGUGUUUUUGAUGGAGAGCUUAGAGUUUUCAAUUGUUUUAAUGUAAGAAUUCAUCAUCUACGAACUGCUCUUGUAUUUUGCUCUCAAAAUACUCUUCAUAUAAUUUAACUUUCAACAUUUUAAAAAAUCUGUAUUUUAUGAUGUGCUGAAAAUCCUGAGAUAAAAGCUCAUUUUAGGACUAGAACUAAUUUAUUUCCAAUUCUAUGAUGCCAAUUUUUACAGGGGCAUCUUUUCUAGAUAAGCAAAUAAUUAUUUUGUCUAAAGUUAGCAAAAGAAAGAAUCAGCAUUUCAAUGUGAGCAAGAACCUUUGACUGUUAGCCGAGGCAUUUGACCAAGUGCCUGAUUUGACUGUUUACCUGCAGAAAUGUCAACUGUUUCCUCACACCAAUAGCUAAACUCGGAAACCACAGCCCUUGAUUGCUCUAGUUUCAAAUUUCUCUGAAAUUUUUUUUUUCCAAGGAAAAUGAGGCAGCUUUUCUGUAGGUAGAUGUUCACAUGAAAUGUUCUUCUAACAGAGAGGAAAAAUCAUGUACAUUUUUCAGAAAUCAUGUUUUUUCAGUAAUAAAAAGAAGGAUGAUGGGAAAUUUGCAGCAUUAGAAUCUGAGAAACGUGAUUUCCCAGUUCAGCCAUUGACAUGCAUUAGUGCGUAUAGAAAUUUUUCCUCUUAUUCGUUUGCACUGGCACAUUGUUGCCUUUGCAUUCUAUUUUUUACUAUUUUUUAAUUGAACAGAGAACCUUUAUUUUUUAAUUAGAGUGGAAUGUUGGGGGAAAAUCUGUACACUAUAUACUCCACUCUGACGAUAUAUGUACUCUAUAUACAUGUCUUUUGUUUAGUCAACUUAUCAGUAGUAAUAAUGAAUGGAAAUGAAACAGGAAAGAAAGGUAUGAAAAUGGUGAGACGAAACGUUUAAAACGAAGUUGGAGCUUAACAGUUCAUUGAUUUUUGUUUCGUUUUCAAAAUGAAUGUUUAUCUUUUGCACGUUUAGAAAUUAUUUUUUUAAUCAUAAGCUCAUGUGAUAUUGCAGCUAUGCAUUCAAAAUACCCAGCAAUCAUAUUUGCUUGCUUUAAAAUUUGAUUGAGUUUUGAGUUCAGUAAUUGCUCUUGCCGCGAUCAUCUCGUUAUUAUUCCAAGUGCAUCUCGCAAUCUAGGUUGUCUCAGCUGAUCUAGAGUAUAACCAAUAUCCCUGAAACACAGGAAAAGUGUAUUCAGAAAAAUCAACAAUCUUUCCAAAUUGGUAGUCUAGCAUAGAGACUGAAGUGUAUGCGCUCUCUCUGAGCGAACAAUAGAAAUUCUGCCAACAAUCUUAAGCAUUUCUCUCCUAUGAGAUUUGGUUUUACUUUUAUGGUGACUCAAAUUGAGGUGUACUUCAGUGAGCAUGAACAAAUAUUUAGAUACCAGGCAUAUUUUGUCUAAUUAUUGUUUCACAUGAUAUUUCUAAGAGGACUAGGACUCGUCAUGUUCAAAAGCUGUCGGUUUCCCAAUAAUCUCUUUAAAAACCCCUGAAUUAUUAUCCGUUUGUUGAAUAUGGCACCAUGAUUGGAGGCCAUGCUAAAUACAUGGGCUUCAGUCUCAAGGCUGAAAUGAUGAUGCCCCCCCCCCUUGCCUCCUCCUCCUCCUCUCCUGCCUUUCACUUCCUUCCAAAAGUUUGUCAACCAAGUUGCCAUGUAUCCUGGUCAGACUAGGUAGAUUUUGCGCUUUAAUGAUUUUGGUUCAUUAUGUCAUUUGAAGAAAUUUGUAGAGAAGACCUGAAAUGUGUCUUCAGCGGUAAAAUAGCUGUUUUUCCAUUGAGAAUUUUCUGGUAAAAUCAUACACUUUCUUGGAAAAGAGUAGAGAGGGGGCCUGACAAGUAGCCACAAAAAACUCUAAUUUUGUGUUUGAAGUCUUCCUCGUGUAAAGUAUAAAAUUCUGAAUUUCAUCAUCUUGAAAUCUAUUACCACCCUCUCAUUUUUUGCCUCCUACUUGAGGCUGAAAUUUUUCCUCAUAUCUUACCCACGUUGGCAGUUUUUCUAGCAGUUUAAUUUCACUUUGACCUGCUGUCUCUCCUUGAAUAAUGUUCAUAAUGAAAUAAAUCUCUUAUUUUCUCCCCCAUAUUGUACUUAAGAUCAAGGCUUAGUCAAUGACUCAAACCUUUAAAGCUCUUUAUGGAAUGAUCCAAAAAAAUUGUGCUUUUCAAAAAUGUUGUUGAAAUGCAUAAGCUCAAGAGCUGAAUUGAAUGCAGCAAUAUAUCACGGAAAUUUAGAACUUAGCCUACCACGAUAAUUCACCGCUUUUUAGGUAUAUUUAGUUGCAACUCUCAUCUUGCAUGGCAGUUUUUCGUAUUAAUAAGCAAUUUGUCUAGGACUCGAUCAUUUUGUGCGUUUAUUUCUUUCAUAUCAAUAACCACUUAGGUGUAUAUAUUAUGAAGUUUCAUUUCGAGGCUUGAAUUACAGGAUCCACUUUUGAUAUCAAUGAAUGGAAUUAUUUUUUCCAAAUCGAUUUCUAGCCUGUAACGUUAUGUGUCUCAUGACUCUCUUUGACUAUUUUUUCUCUUGUUCGUGGAAACCAAUGAAUUUCCCAAUCAAUCGCUCCUUAACCGUACAGUCAGUGUAAAAGUUGCUUUGAUUUUUAAAUCGUUCCAAAUAGUGGAACCUGUAAAAGAAAAAGAGAAGAAAAUGAAUCUGCUCUUUUUGUAGCGCUCGUAAUUUUACGUUCUCUUUUGUUUCCGAGAAAUUUUAAAGUUGCCUAAUAAGUUUUUAGCCACAGAAUAUUUUUAUAUAAAUUUUGUAUAAUUUUUCUUCCAUUGUCUGUUCUGCCAGAGAUAGUUCUGUUUGGAAAUUACACUGAUGCAAUCCUGUUUCUAUGCAGCUAUGAAUGCAUGGAUAUCUCAUUCUUGUUAAUUGCAUGAUAUUCUUGAUAUUAUAGCAAAACUUUUCUCCAUCCUAAGCAGUUUAAUUGAUCAUGUAUUAGACUUGAGACUUUAUUCCAUAGACGUAAGGAACAUAGCACCAAUUCUUUCUUUCGUCUGCAAGAUGAAAGCACAUGAGCAAUGUCCUCCGUGGAAAACGGUUUUGUUGUAAAUCAAGUCUGCACAUGAAGUGGAAUUUGUAAUUAUCUUUAUGCGCUGAACAUGAAGUAAAAUGAAUGAUUUUUAAUAUGCCUCUAUAAAUUUUAUAUUGUUUCUCAAGAUUCGUUAUUUUCUUUUCAAUGCUAUUUUUGUACAAAAUGCUUUUAUAUCAACAAAUAUUUUGUCUUUGUAUGUGUUUUACUUUGUCAUGAUCCCCCCCCCCCUUCCUCUAGAACUUUGUUACUAAAGCAUUUGUUUGAGAUUGUGCAAAGCAAAUGGAUAGUAAAUAAAAGUUACUGAUUCAAUUGUUGUCAAAUAAAAAGUGAUUUUUUAAAUCUAA